AUGGCCACAUUCCAAUACACUAUCCGAAACUUGUUCGACUCACUCCAGUUUAAUGAUGCACAAACAACAAAAGCCAUCCUGGACCAGCUAUCACAAAAUUCUUCUUCUGAUGACAACACGUUUAACAUCAAUAAUAUUUGUGAUGAUGAAAGGUUUGCUUCACCUCUCCAUUGGGCUUGUUAUUAUGGUAAUAUUGACACUAUCCGAUUAUUGCUAUCCUAUGGAGCUUCUUUGAAAACUUAUGUAAAAAACAGAAAUGUCUCAUCAAACAAUGAACAGGACAUUGAUUCCGAGUAUCAAACACCAUUAAUGUGGUGUGUACAGGGUGGAAGUUUGCCAUGUCUCCAAUUUUUAAUUCAACACUACAUGCACUCACAACAUGAAAUGGAUGAAUCGAAUAUGGUUCGAACUUUGUUUAAAGAACAUGUUCAAAAAAGAACUGGUUAUAAUUUAUUAAUGUUAGCUAUUCAGGAUGAUCACAUUUCAAUUGUUCAAUAUUUAAUGUAUCACUUGUAUUCGAAUGAGAAUGGAAAUGUAGAGUUAACCACAGAGAGUAUUCAAGAUAUGUAUACAAAAUAUUUAGAUAACGAAUCUCAUACUAUAUUACAUUGGGCUUGUUAUGAAGGAUAUGAGCACCAAGUCAAGUUUAUUAUUCAGUUUUUUAAAUACCACUCAAAAGAAAGAAUUGAAAUGUUGGAUUUUUAUCAACAUUUGUACAAUUUUAUUGUUGCUAAGGAUACUUUUAACAGAACUGCGUUUCAUUGGAUUGCUAGGAAAGGCUAUUUGAAUAUUAUGAGAUAUCUAUUAAUGGAAUUUUUAAUUGCAGAAAAAAUUUUGGGAUUAACUAGUCUGAAAGAGGUCAUAUCUGAAAGAGAUACUGUUGGAAAUUCUGUAUUGGACUAUGUUGGUUAUAGUGAUUUUCUUCAAGGAAUUUUGAAUCCUCUAUUGGAGUUAUACAAAAAUAAUGAGCAUAUUAAUGAUCAUCUAAUUAGCAAGUUGAAAGAACAGAGCUUGAGUGAAAGGGGAUUUUCAAAUGAGGAACUUCUCACUAAGAAAUCUAUUGAAAUUCUAGAAAGUCAACCAGUUACUAUUUCAGAUAUGAUGAAGGUAAAGACCCUUCAUUACAGAUUCCUAAUACCAAUAGUGGUUUAUCCUCUCUUUAUGAUAAUGCUGAAUAUUAUGCCUAUUUAUUUGGCGAUUUUAAUUAUUCCACUAGUUUUCUAUUUACAUACCAAAACUAAAAAUUAUGUGAUUAGGGUAUCAGGAUCGAAGCAUCAUGGUAACAUUAGGGAUUUGCUGUUCUUCGGCUUAUUCCCAUCAUCAAUUCUCUUUGGACUAAUGGUACUAUUUUACAAUAUCUUACCAAUAUACUACAGUUCACUAUUUCUAAUAUUGUUCAUACCAAGUGUUUCCGUUUGUGCCUAUUUGUGGUACCAAUUGACUGUUAAUUGUGAUCCUGGUUAUUAUAAGGAUAUUCAGAAAGAAAAUUGCGUAUCAGUUUCUUCUAUUGAUGAAUCAUUCUUUAAACAUAGAGGUUGGGAAAUUGAGGGAAACUAUUCACACAUAUACAGCUCUGAAUUACUUAUUAGAAAACCAAUUAGAUCAAAGUUUGAUAGAGUCACAGACCAAAUUGUUAUUAGAUUUGAUCACUACUGUGUCUACACUCUCAAUCCCAUUGGAGAAAAGAAUCAUGUGAAAUUCUUAGCAUUUGUAUACUCAGUUGCCAUUUCCAGUUUUCUUUUUGUCAAUAUUGCAGCUUGUUCACUUUACAUACUUGUAAAUGAUUCUGAUUCAAGCAUGCUUUAUGUUGUACUCAUGGAAAAUCCAUGUAUUACAAUUGCUACAGCCUAUUUCAUAGUAUUUUCACUCUUUGGGUCAAUCCUUUCUAUUCAACAAACAAUAGCAGUCAUGUUUAACAAUACUGCAUUUGAAAUGAUGAAGCCAGACAGACAUUUCUACAUUGUGAAUAGUUCAAAUUAUUCAGAGUAUAUUUCCAAACACUAUAAUGGAAUUGUUCAUUAUUUCAUUGACAUCAUUAAUCCCAGAACGAAAUAUUUAAAUUUAUUUGAUAAGGGAAUUGUGGAAAAUUGCAAGGAAUUUUUAUUUACAAAUAGACCAUACUAUGGUAGGAUAUUCAACUUGACAACUAAUCCAUUUGUGGAAUCAUUUUUGACAACUCAUCAUAUUCGGGUACCAUUCUCAAUUAAUCAACAAGUUGGGCAGCAAGCUUAA